GUAGUAGCGAAGCUGCUGGAGAAGAUACUGAGGGAUAGGAUCUAUUCCCACUUGGAAGAAAAUGGGCUUAUCACUGACAGACAACAUGGUUUUGUGCAGGGAAGGUCAUAUCUUACCAACUUAAUAGAAUUCUUUAAGGAUGUGACAAAGUUGAUUGAUGAGGGAAAGGCUGCGGAUGUCAUAUACAUGGACUUCAGUAAGGCGUUUGAUAAGGUUCCCCAUGGCAGGCUAAUGGAGAAAGUGAAGUCGCAUGGGGUCCAGGGUGUGCUAGCUAGAUGGAUUAAAAAAAAACUGGCUAGGCAACAGGAGACAGAGAGUCAUAGUGGAAGAGGGUUUCUCAAAUUGGAGACCUGUGACAGUGGUGUUCCGCACGGAUUUGUGCUGGGACCACUGUUGUUUGUGAUAUACGUAAAUGAUUUGGAGUAAGGUGUAGGUGGUCUGAUGAGCAAGUUUGCAGAUGACACGAAGAUUGGUGGAGUAGCAGAUAGUGAAGGGGACUGUCAGAGAUUACAGCAGAAUGUAGAUAGAUUGGAGACUUGGGCAGAUAAAUGGCAGAUGCAAGGUGAUGCAUUUUGGAAGAUCUAAUUCACGAGUGAACUAUACAGUAAAUGGAAAAGUCCUGGGGAAAAUUAAUGUUAAGAGAGAUCUGGGUGUUCAGGUGCAUUGUUCCCUGAAGGUGGCAAUGCAGAUCAAUAGAGUGGUCAAGAAUGCAUACGGCAUGCUUACCUUCAUUGGAUUGGGUAUUGAGUACAAGAGUUGGCAGGUCAUGUUGCAGUUGUAUAAGAUUUUGGUUCGGCCACAUUUAGAGUACUGUGUACAGUUCAGGAUGUGGAUGUUUUGGAAAGGGUGCAGAGGAGGUUCACCAGGAUGUUACCUGGUAUGGAGGGAAAGGUUGAGUAGAUUAGGAUUAUUUUCAUUAGAAAGAUGGAGAUUGAGGAGGGACCUGAUUGAGGUCUACAAAAUCAUGAGGGGUAUACACGAGGUGGAUAGCAAGAAGCUUUUUCUCAGAGUGGGGGACUCAAUUACUGGGCGUCAUGCAUUCAAAGUGAGAGGACGAAAGUUUAAGGGAGAUAUGUGUGGAAAUUUCUUUACGCAGAGGGUGGUGGGUGCCUGGAAUGCAUUGCCAGCGGAGGUGGUAGAUGCAGACACGAUAGUGUCUUUUAAGAUGUAUCUGGACAGGUACAUGAAUGGGCAGGAAGCAAAGUGAUACAGACCCUUCGAAAAUAGGUGACAGGUUUAGACAGAGGAUCUUGAUUGGCACAGGCUUGGAGGGCCGAUGGGCCUGUUCCUGUGCUGUAAUUUUCUUUCUUCUUUGUUCUUUGUACCUGCAUUCAUCACUUCCUCUGGCAACUCAUUCCACAUCCAAACCAUCCUCUGAAGUGAACAAGUUGCCUUCUCCCUUUCUCUUCUUAUCUUAAAAUUGUGCCCUCUAGUUUUGAAUUCCCCUACCCUAAGGAAAAAAUUUUUGCUAUUCACAUUAUGCUCCUCAUUAAUUUACAACUCUCUGUCAGGUCACAUCUCGACUUCCUACACUCCAAUGAAAAAAGUCCCCGCCUCUUCUUUUUAGCUUAAACUCUCUAGAUUAUUUAUUUGCAGGCUGUCGUUUGAUAGCUUUGUCAAUGACCCUUUUCCAAUGUUUACUGAUUAUUGAGAGUAGACUGAUGGGAUGAUGAUUGUCAAGGUUGGAUUUAUCCUGCUUUUUCUGGUCAAUUUCUACAUUGUUAGAAUGACGUCAGUGUUGUAGAUUUACUGGAAUAGCAUGCCUAGGAGUGCAGCUUGUUCUGGAGCACAAGCCUUCAAUACUAUUGAAUGAACUGGUUGAAAACUGGCAUCUGUGGUGCUGGUGACCUUAGAAGGAUGCCAGGAUGGAUCAUAGAAUCCCCAUAGUGUGGAAACAGGCCCUUUGGCCCAACAUAUCCCCACCAACCCUCAGAACCUCCCACCCUGUAAUCCAUCUAAUCUACUCAUCCCUGAACACUAUGGGCAUGGCUAAUCCACCUAGCCUGCACAUCUUUGGAAUGUGGAAGGAAACCGGUACACCCAGAGGAAACCCACACAGACUGGGGAGAGUGUGCAAACUCCACACAGUCACCUGAGGGUAGAAUCGAACCCAGCCUCCUGGUGCUGUGAGGCAGCAGUGCUAACAGCUGAGCACCGUGCUGCCCCUAAAUUGAACCUGUGCUGUUGAACACCAAGUUGACACCCUGAACUAAGUGCUCAAGUGUCUGCAGCCUGAAUUUGAAUUUUCCAACUCAAAGGUGAAAAUGACUCUAUUGACCUGUUGCUCAUAUCUAAUACGGAAUUGACUUGAAUUGUUUCUUUGGCAUGUGUAUACAAAACAAGGAAACCAGUCUCUGGCAACUUCAAUGUGCUUUUUCAUUGACCAUUAGGCAGUCAGAUCCACGACCCAAGAUUAAAAGCAUGACUAAAAUCUAUUUCUGUGAUCAACUGUGGAUUAAGAAAGUAAAAUCAAGAGAUUAAGGUAAACUGAGUUGAAUGACAACAGUUCAAGAAGGCUUCUCAAUUUUAUUAAAGGUGGCUUUGCCAGAAAUGCACAUACUCAGCAAGAGUUUUAAAACUAACACAGGAGAGAAGUGGUCUGUUGUUGAAGAAGCUGGAAAGAACUCAUACCACGGUCCAGGCCGUUUUAGGUUCGAGUGAGUUGUUGGUGCCGUCGCUGACCGAUCUUCUCAUUGCCGGCUGCUACAUUAAUGGCGGCCUUUUCAGGGGAGCAAGCAGACCGCCGGCCCAUUCGAAGAGUCAGGUCCAAGAGUGAUACGCCCUAUCUCACCGAAGCAAGAAUAUCCUUCAACGUGGAGACAGCUGAAGAAGUAGAAAGGCUGGCUGCAAUGCGUUCAGAGUCACUGGUCCCAGGUACUCAUACACCACCCAUCAGGAGAAGAAGCAAGUUUGCAACAUUAGGGAGGCUGUUUAAACCAUGGAAAUGGAGAAAGAAGAAAAGCGAAAAGUUUAAACAGACAUCUGCAGCUUUGGAAAGAAAGAUUUCCAUGCGACAAAGCAGAGAGGAGCUAAUAAAACGAGGAGUACUGAAAGAAAUGUUUGAGAAAGAUGGAGACAUGCCAAUACAUAAUGAAGAGGAGGUAAUAGAGAACGGUCAGAUCCAAUCUUCAGAGACGGAGGAAAGGGUGCCUGAGCCUGUGUCAGGUGAAGUCGUAGCAGACAGUGCAACCCUCUGUACAGAAUCAACAGAUAAGCCAGCUGCUGAAGAAAGCCCCACAGAUAAUAGGACAUUAGUCCCUGAGAAGCACACACCAGCUAAACCACAAUUGCUACUGCCCUCUAAAAAGUCUGCAGCUUUUCACUGUGACCUUAAGGAAACCCCUUCAAAGCAACAAUCCUAUGCUAAACAACCCCCUGCCCUACCUCCAAAACCACUAUCGAGGAUUGCCAACCAUAUCACCGGUUACCCUGCAGCCUACACCAUACCUCGACUGAGAAGGCAGACAGACAGGCAGGCAGCCUACUCCCAUGAUUCUACCAUUGGUGCUUGUAAAAGACCAGUGGGACACACGAGAGUGAUGCGGGACACUGGCCAGCCUGUGAAGCUGCCUUGUAUGCCACCUGUGAGGCUAUCACCCCCUCUACCUCCAAAGAAAGUGAUGAUUUGCAUUCCACCACAGACUGCAGACUCUCCACCCAUGUCCUAUUCUGUUGUGCAGAAAAUCUCCCAGCAGUCUUCCGCACGGCAUCAGUUGUUGUCUUCCCAGCUUGCCGCUAAACAGCACCAGCAGUUAUUUGGAGGCUCCCAUUCUGCAUCGUUAUCCGGUGGACUACCUACCAAUCCAGCAGUAUCUACUAGUAAAGUGAUAGAAGAACUCAACAAGACUUUAGCCUUGACAAUGCAAAGGCUGGAAAGUUCUGGACUGUAUACUGGAGAAAGUGGAACAAAACCAGGAGAAAGCAAUACAUCUGACAUUAGACAAGUGCCAGCAAUAGUGGUUGAUUACGAUGAUGAUAAAGAAAAUGUGCCUAAUGAAUCAGACUAUGAAGACACUUUCAGUAUGCAUGGGGAAGAAAAUGAGGAUGAUGAUGGUGAUAACGAUGAUGACGACGAUGAUGAUGAUGAAAUUGAUCAUUUUUUCACAAGUUCAUUAACAUUAAAGAUUUGUGGGAAAGACUCUUUGGCAAUAAAACUGAACAACAGACCAUCAAAGCGCGAGUUGGAGGAAAAAAACAUUAUUCCUAUGCAGACAGAUGAAGAGAGACUUGAAAUGAGGCAGCAAAUUGGAACAAAGCUGACAAGGCGAUUAAGCCAGAGGCCAACUGCAGAGGAACUGGAACAACGAAACAUCCUGAAACCAAAAAAUGAACAGGAAGAAGAGGAGGAAAAGAGAGAACUUAAAAGACGGCUGACACGAAAGCUUAGCCAAAGACCUACAGUGGAGGAACUGAGAGAGAGAAAAAUCCUUAUCCGUUUCAGUGACUAUGUGGAGGUAGCUGAGGCCCAGGAUUAUGACAGACGCGCAGACAAGCCAUGGACAAGGCUAACAGCUGCUGACAAAGCUGCUAUUCGUAAGGAAUUGAAUGAAUUCAAAAGCACUGAAAUGGAAGUGCAUGAAUUAAGUAGGCACCUAACAAGGUUUCAUAGGCCCUAGCUGUUUAUUGUGUAUAACCAUGGAGUCUUACAAAAACCAGAAGUGCUAGGGCUGUACAGGUGCCCACUAAACCCUGCAGGGCAGAACUCUUCUUAAUUACCUUUAUGUAUCAGAUAUUUACAGCAAUGCAUAUUUUCCAGUUGUCUACUAAUCUGCUGACCUUCAGGAGUUACUGUGUUGCUCCAGAUCAAAAGUGUUACACCUGUAAGUUGCUGACUUCUAAUACCAUUAUUCAGCACUAUCUCCCAUUGUUAGUUGCACAAGAUGAUCCAAAAGGAUGAAAUCUAAAUCAGUAUGUGUGAUGGAGCUGAGACAACACAGUACAGUUAUUUCUCUAAAGGAAUGCCAAGUUUCUCUGCUGUUAAUGUUACUGAACUUUUACUAUACUACAUUCUUUGGACCCAAACUCAGCCAGCUUGCAUAUGUAGGUAUAGUUGGCUAAAUUGCAUCAGUUUAUCAAGCAUUGGUUGCAGGUUCAUCAGGUUUACUGGAAGGGGCUAUAUCUUUUAUGAUAAAUAUAUGCUACAUAAAAAUAAAUAGUAGCAAUUGAAAUAAAUGUUUAUGUAACAAGCUGUAAUUCACCUAACCAUGUUCUGAUUGAUGGAACACAAAUUACCUAGUGUUUCUUUGAAGAUAGUCCUGGACUGGUAAAUGAAGGAGUUUCUUCGGCACACAGAUUAUAUGUUUUGGAACUUCAUGUAUGUAGAAAGCUUCUCUAUGAAUUUAAUUUGCUGGUUGAGCAGAAUAAAUGCGUAAUAUUUACAAGUUACUAAUUUUAAAAAGCUGGAUAAGAGUAAUUAUUGAUUUAUAACACUGUUAAGGUUGCAGAGGCUGCACCAUUUAAUAUUCAAUCUGAUUCUAUUUUCACAGUUUGGAGGCAAAUUUUAUCCUACGCAGUUGAACAGUUUACAGUUUAAUGCAAGUUUAAUAGGCUGUUCAUAGGAGACACAAGUGCUUCUUUAGCUUGAGAAAAGGCUGAAUGUAGGCUGGUGAAAGAAAAGGCCUGUGUCCACAUUUACCUGAUUACAUCAAUUUGUAUUAUAUAUUACUCAUGUAGCUGCACCUUUCAAGGAAGACACUUUACUUUUGCCCAUAUUAAUUGCAUAAUUUUGUAUACGAAAGAAUUGAAUUGUGGUGUAAAUCAAAUGAGAUAUUCAUAUAUGCAUAGUGAAGUAUAUAUAUGAAUAUGUACAUGUCCAAGGAACACUUACGACAGGGUCACAGCUACCCUAUAUCUCUGCUCUGGAUGGAAUGUUUUCUAAUAUGAAGUACAGCAACCAGCUAUACAUGCUUAGUUAUUCUAACAACCUUAUCCUACCCGUUGUGCAAGUUUUUCCUUUGACAUAUCAGUUAGAGGCCUAUGAUCUUAAUCUGUACCUAACUCUGCUAAAGCCAGGAUUUUAAAAUUAAGACAAACUUAAAGAUUUAUUCUAAUUUUUCUAUUAUUCCUUAUGCAUAACGAAAAGGAAACUACUCUCGUAGAAUUAUAAAGAAUGGAAAGGUCCCAUUCACAUCAAGGCUAUGUUUUAGAGCUGUAAUUACCCAUCAGCCAGCGGCAUGAUGGCUCAGUGGGUAGCACUGCUGCCUCACAGCACCAGGAACACGGGUUCGAUUCCUUGGGUUGCUGUCUGUCUGUGUGGAGUUUGCACAUUUUCCCCAUGUCUGCAUGGGUUUCCUCCGGGUGCUCCAGUUUCCUCCCACAGUCCAAAGAUGUGCAGGCUAGGUGGGUUGGCCAUGCUAAAUUGCCCAUAGUAUUCAGCGAUGUGUAGAUUAGGUGUGUUAGAGGGGCUUGGGUCUGGGUGGGAUGCUGUGAGAGUUGGUGUGGACUUGUUGGGUUGAAGGGCUUGUUUUCACAUUGUAAGGAUUCUAUGAUCUAUGAACCCAUCACCAUUACAGUAAACAUUGCUGGUUUAUGCUUUAUUUUAGCCAAAACAGUGACUCAAUUUACUUUAAAAAAAAACUGAUGCUGUUGAUGCUCAGCUCCUUGAGGUUGGAAUCUAAACUGUACCUUUCUGUGUACGUUCACUGAACUGUUUGGAGUCUUUCCUGUCAGUUUAAAUUCCAAUUGCUCAGUAGAUUUUCAUGAACAUAUGGUUCUGAACAAACUGUAUGAAUAAAUGAGUGUUGAGUACCUGUACAUAAUUGUCUUUGUAGAGGAGUGAAUGUUGUGGCUGUUCCCCCUGUGCUCUCUCAGUAUUGUACAAUAAACAAAUUUUGAUGUAUGAAAACUGUAAAUAACCAUAAAAAAUUGAGUCUCUAAUUUGGGUUGCUCUAGGCAUUGUCAUCAGUACAUACCGAAAUUGCAUGUUAUUGUAUAAUUUAAAUUACUGUCGACAAGUUUGUUUCAAAUGAUGUAUACAGUUUCUUAAAACUAAGUUUUAUUUAAAAGGUCUUUUUUAGUAGUUGGCAUUCAACAACUGUUUUUACAUAAAAGGGGCUUAAUUUAAAGAGUUUGGUUAAAUCUAAUUUUGCUAAAUAACUCAAGCUUUGGUCCCAUUAAAAGUCAAA